AUGCAAGAUAUUGUUGCUUGCUACCGAAAAAAAUAUCCAGUAGAGACAGACGCCGAAUUACUUAAACUUGGCCAUGAUUGUCAGGUUUACUAUAUCCACACCUUGGGUAUUACGCCUACUAUUAACUCAGAUAAUAUUAAGGACUUUUUCAAGGCCAAUCUGACUAAAGUACUUCAUAAUAAAGUGGAAAAACUUUUAAGUCAACUCAAGGAUAUCAGCUCAGUUCAAGAUGGUGAUGAUACAAUACUGAAAGUAAUGGAUGAUGUGAUUGACCUAGAAGAGAGUGAUAUAGUAGAAAAUGCACCACGAAAACCUAAGAAUGACGACUUGUCUAAAGAUGAAGGAACUGAAGAGGAGAAAGUUAGUAAGAAAAUUGAGAAGGCAAAGAUUUAUAUGAAGUUGAUGGAGAACUUGAUUGACGUUAGACUGCCUGCUAUACUUACCAAACAUAAAGAAAGUUUUGUCACAAUGAUGGAACCUGAUAAAGAAUAUAAACUUGCCAAGGCUGAAGUUAUAGUAGCCACAGUGAAGGAAGCUGUUUCUCUGGUUGCCAAGAAAAUUGAUAGUACCAGGAUUGUGGAUGGAAUUAUUGAUAAUACUACAACCACUAAAGAGACUGAACAUACUGAAGAAAAUGAAACAGUUUCAGUCAAUACUGAAGGUUCCAAUGAACCUACUGUCUCACAAAAUAUUUCAACUCCACCAUUGGUGUGUGUGAGCACACCAACUUCCAAAAUAACUGAACAUCCCUAUUAUGUAAAGUUAAUUGGCCGUCCUGAAUUACCAUCCCGCGCCUCAGUCUAUGCAUAUUUAGAGCAAUUCAAACCUGCUAGCAUCAAAAAGCAUAAAACUAUUGGUAAUUUGCUAGUCAUUGGAUUUAAUGAUAAGGAAGCUUAUGAAAAAAUAAUGGAGGCUGGCGAAAAAGUUAUUGGUGAAAAUACCAUCACUGUAAGGUCAAGUGAAAAGGUAAACCUGACUCCUCAAAAAAUUGAAAAUGUGAAUGCAACUCCACAGAAGAGUGAUGAUGCACUUAAUGACACAACUUCAAAAGAAAGUACUUCACUUAACGAUGCAGACGAAAAUUCACUCCAAGAUACAACCACCAAUAAAGAAGGAAACGAAAAUAAGGAUUCGGACGCAACAGAUCUUAACGACAGCUUGAAUAUUGGUCAAGAUAUUGAAGAUCAAAUAACUAACUUACUCACGGAAGUUAAGAACGAAGAAGAGAAUGAUGAACAUGCAAAUACUGAUAAGGAGUAUGAAAAUAAAGACAUAACUAAACCUAGUGAAAGUGACGAUAAUAUUGUCGAAGAAGCUUCUAAAACGAUUUCCGAAGUUACUGAAACAACAGCUUGUGUAGAAAAUAUUCAACCAACUAAAACUAAGUCUCAGGAUAAUGAAAACUUAAAUGGUAAUGAUUCAAAAGAUGACCACGCAAAUGAAAGCGAUCCAAAAAAACAAACAGAAAACGCACAUGUUGAAGUAAAUGAUGUUAAAAGUAAUCUAAAAGAUUGCGGACGCGCAACACCUACAAGGUCCUCAUCUAGAUUAGCGUCGACUCCUAGUACAAUUAAAACUAGACGCGCCAGUAGAUUAGCGCAAAAUCAAUGA